AUGAAAAGUAAACAUCAUAUGAUUCCUGUUACUUAAUAUAUGACACUUAACAAUCUCAAUUUAAAGCAGAAAUUAUUUUUGACAAUUUUGAAUAUCCAAUAAUUAUAAAUCGAAUUCUUUGUUUAAAUCAAUGUUUUUAAAAAGUUAUAUUUGAAUUUAUUUCAUCAGAGGGUUUGUACAUAGCAGAAUAUGGUCUAAUUACUAAAUAAAUUACUAAUUGCUAAAAAGAGUGCAGAUUUGAAUUUAAUUAAUAUGAGUUUGGUAAUAAUAAAAUUAUUAAUACAAAACAAAAUUAAUCUAAUAAAAUUUGCUACUUUGAUAUUGAUGAAGACCAAUAAGUAAUAUAUUAAAACUAAUUAGUUGGAAUGUCUCACUCCCUGA